GGCAGGAUCACGGGGCUGAGCAGCUCAUUCGCAAACGCAGCAGCGUCGCGCACACAUCGUUCAUUUCGUUCACAGGACAACAGACAGACGCAAUGGCAGCCACCAACACACACUACUAUGCCGACAGCAUGUACAACAUGUACCACCAUGCCCUGCCACCCACAUACUACGACAACACGAGCAGCAGCAGCAGCUACUACCAGAGCAACCAGAGCUGGCAGCCGGCGAGCUAUCAGCCCAGCAGCUACGCCCACUACAGCCAGGAGAGCUACAGUGAGAGCUGCUACUAUGCCAACUACCAUCAUCAGCAGCAACAGCAGACACAGCAGCCACAGCAGCAGCAGCCAUUGUGCCUACCCGCUCUCGAUGCAGUGCCUCAGUACCAAGUGCCCACAGUUGCCGAGCCAAGCGUUGAAGCCAGCUCGCCUGCUCCGGCUAAGAGCCGUAAGCGCAAGGCAGAGGAAUCCGCCGCGGACAUCAUCGCCGCCGUGGAGGAGCGACCCAGCACACUGCGCGCCCUGCUCACCAAUCCCGUCAAGAAGCUGAAGUACACGCCCGACUACUUCUACACGACGAUCGAGCACGUGAAGAGGCCCAGCAAGAGCAGCUCCGCCGGCGAGCUGUCGCCCUGCUACGAGCAGGACUACGCCGUGCCCACGCCCUCCACACAGCAGACGCACAUGUCGCCACAGCGCAGCACCGGCGAGGAUGUCGACUAUCUGGACGUCUACUCGCCCCGCAAGCCGGCCAAACAUGGCGACUUUGUCACCCCACCACCAGCAGCCACCACGCCCGUCGAUGGCCUCGGCCUCGGCCUCGGCAUCGGCAUCAGCACGCCACCCCAGUCGCCGGCCGAGAAGUCGAAUGAAAUCAAUCAUCGCAUUGUGACAGCUGCCAAUGCCAGCAACGAAUUCAAUUGGUCGCACAUUGAGGAGACCAUCGCAUCAGAUUGCAAAGACUCCAAACGCACACGACAAACCUACUCCCGCUACCAGACGCUCGAGCUGGAGAAGGAGUUCCACUUCAAUCGCUACAUCACGCGACGUCGACGAAUGGACAUUGCCCAUGCGCUCAAUCUGAGCGAGCGCCAGAUCAAGAUCUGGUUCCAGAACCGCCGCAUGAAGUCCAAGAAAGAUCGCACGCUCGAAGCCUCGCCCGAGCACUGUACCGCCGCCGGCUAUGCCUCGCUCCUGCCACCGUUAGAUGCCACCGCUAUGCCGCCACAGUCACAGCCACAGCCGCAGCCUCAGCCUCAGCCACUGACCCAGCCACAGUCGCAGUCGCAUCUACAGCCCGCUGCUGUCAUGCCCUAUGCCGCAUACCCUGCCUACUUGCCCGCCGCCCAGCAGAGCUAUGAUUACCCGCAGCAGUCGCCGCCACCGCCGCCGCUGCACUUCGCCCAGCCGUACGAUGCGCAGUACACACCGCAAUAUCAUCAACAGACGCAGCAGCAGUGCAGCUACCAGCAACAACAACAACAGCAACAAGAGCUGAGCACCUCCAACCAGGCGCUGUAUCAUCUGCCCUAAACGAACCCGCACACACACAAACACACACACACUCUGACCCACACACACACGCACACAACCGUAACGAACGCGCCACGAAUUCUCGACCAUUUGCCGGUGACACGCAAAUGUCUAACGAGAUGCUGCGCAGUCGCAGUUGCCGUCGCUGCCGCCGUCGCAGUCGUACUCCCUACGGUGCCCAGUACUUGGGCAAAAGGACGAGUGCGCAUGUGCGGCUCCUCGACACCUCAAAACCCAGUGGCUGGCCAUGGGUUACCCGUUGCCUGCUGUCUGCCCUCUGUUUUCCGUUGCCGGCUGCCUUUGGCCAGUUGCCUGGAGCGCUCGAUUAUCAUUGAGCCCGUGGACUGUGGCCAGGCAUCGAUAAUGCAACAUGAGCUCAACUUGGAGACUGAUGAAUGUUUUGUUUCUAUUGUACAGCUAGUAUAUAAGUCGAUUAUUAAAUAUUUAUUGAAAUA